AUGUUAUGUACCAACGAGGUGUACAAGCUGUCGGCUUAUACACUGAUGGCGAACGUGGCACUGGCAGACACCAUUACAAUGACUAUCGCUGGUAUUGCAUGUGGAUGCGAUAUUUUGUGGUCAGAUCGUGUGUAUUCUUUCACAGAAGAUCAGUAUCCAUUCUCGUCGGCUGAAAUACUACCUAACAGCACAUCUGCAAGACUGCGAACAUAUGAAAAUGAAACUUAUCUGCUCUUGAACAAUAGCAAGAAGAAUGUCUAUGCGAUGCAGGAGGAAGUGUACGUCAUUCAAUUCAUGAUUUCGUUUCUUUCGAUAGCUGCUUGGACAGCGGGAGUGAUUAGUUAUGCUAUGCUGGGAUUAAAUAGGUGCAUUGCGAUUUGUUAUUAUGGCACAAAAGCAAAGGCAUUUAAUCAAGUAUCCGUCGCCAUUGUUCUAUCAUUAUGCACAUGGAUGAUUGGAGUAGUAGCUGCACUUCUUGGGACAAUUCCAGAUCCAAUAGUCGGCGUGCGCCGAGACAUGUGGACCGUCAGUUUUGUUACCACUGAAGGAAAACGCCCAGGGCUAUUUAUUGCUUCUAUUUGUAUAAUUGACUGCAUUGGUGUUGGAAUUCAGUGGAUUUGUUCCAUAAUGGUUCUUCUGAGGAUUCGUGAAGUGAAACAGCGAAUAUACAAGAAUAAGUUGAAUCAAGGCAGUGCAAAUCGCUUCCACAAGCAGGCUCGCUUGACGUUCCAGUUUUUCUUUCCAUCACUUCUAUGCACCGUCUCAACAUUCCUAUAUUUCUUUAAACCUUUCUUCCAUGAUUUCCUCAAAUCGUGGCAAAUGAUUCUUUUGCAUGUAGUGUGGCUUUGCAGUCAUUUAUGUAAUCCGUUUAUUUAUGCCUAUUUUAAUGAUCGAAUGAGACAUACUUAUCGAAUAAUGCUGUCAUGUUCCAUGCUGUAUUAUAAGCUUCACCAGCGGCGAAGGAAUCAUUUAUUCAACACUGAUCGUCAAAAUGGUACAAGCAUUGGACUGUUCCUCAGCAGUUUUCAGAGUCGAGAAUUUGAGCAGCUGUGUGAGUUCAUCAUGAGAGUGAAUCCUUUGUACGAUUCAAGCGAGGGAUGGAGAGAAAGCUGUGACGAUGAAUCACUCGAAGAGGUAUUUUUCCCAUCGCUCUCAUCUUCGAGAUCUACUCAAAAUCAAAAUAGUUUUUUAUGGUUCUUCCAGAUGCCCUUGCAUCUCUAA